AUGCCGCUACAACCACUAACGCUAAUCACAAUUUGUUGUUUUUCUUUUGCCUUUUCUGUUGACGUACGAUCUCGUGUUGAUUGUUCACCCGAUCCACACUCAUUAAACGAACAAAAAUGCAAAAGUCGAGGGUGUGUUUGGGAAUUUCCACAAGUUGAUGCUCCUAAAGAAACCCCACCUUGUUACUUUCCAUCAACGACCGGUUAUGUUAAAACGAAAGAUUUGGGUAAUGGAGUUCUUGUUUUGGAAAAACAAAAUGGUCCAUUAAACCCGUUUGGGGCGGAUAUCUCUCCGUUGAAACUGAAAACGCACUACAUCGGCUCAACCUUUGAGUUAUCAAUUGGAAAUGAUGAUCGAUACAUUCCGCCACUAAAUUUACCCAAAGAACAACCAAACGACAAUAGCGAUCCUUUGGAUUUCCAGGAGACAUCCGGAACGAAUGGAACCUUCACUUUUCAGAUGAUUCGACGAUCCACUGGAAGAAUUAUUUGGGAUACGUCAAUAGGAGGCCUACUAUUUGCCGAUCAGUACAUUCAAAUCGCUACACUUUUACCGUCAACAAACAUUUUUGGUUUUGGAGAACAUGUGCAUAAAACGUUAAAGCACGAUAUGACUCGAUACACAACAUGGCCAAUGUUCGCGACCGGGUUCCCACCCGAUUCGGGUUCUCAACUCUCCACUCAUCCCUUAUAUGGAGUACAUCCUUUUUAUUUGUGUAUUGAGCCAGACGGGAAAACACAUGGAGUGCUAUUGUUAAACAGUAACGCUCAGGAAGUAACCCUGGGUCCAGCGCCCCAUCUUGUCUAUCGAACAAUCGGCGGUCAAUUGGAUUUCGUUUUUUUUGCUGGACCCACACCGGAAGCCGCUAUUCAGGGCUAUCUUUCAUACAUUGGAAAACCGUUUUUGCCGGCUUACUGGGCACUUGGAUAUCAGUUAUCCCGAUGGGGUUAUCAAGGUGUCGAUGAAAUGAAGACUGUAAUCAGAAGAAAUCAGGCAGCCGGAAUUCCUCUCGAUGUUGCCGUUGCCGAUAUUGAUUACAUGAGCACUUAUGAAGAUUUUACAGAGGGAGAGAAAUGGUCUACUUUCCCUGAAUACGCUCAAGAAUUGCACUCGCAAAACGUGAAUCUCAUUCUCAUUUUUGAUCCGGCUAUCGAAGUUGAUUAUGACACUUUUCAACGAGCGAUUAAUCAAAACGUCUCUUUUGUUGAAUGGCCUCGAUUUGAUCAAGUACCCACAAAGAUUCAAGAUCAAUAUCCGUUAGCAAAGAACACAAAAAUGAUGCUAGGGAAUGUAUGGCCCGAGAGAAAUGUGGCGUUCCCCGAUUUUCUCGAUCCAACGAACAAAACUGAACUUUGGUGGAUCGAUGAAUUUCGGAGAUUUCAUGAUAUGCUUCCCUAUGAUGGAAUUUGGAUCGAUAUGAAUGAACCAGAGAAUUUUCAAACGGGAACACUCAAAGGAAACAAUUCAAAUGGAAAAACCCUUCAAUGUAUUGUAGACGGUAUUGAUGGGAAAUUCGACAAUCCACCAUAUGAAACAAAAGCUGUUUAUGAUGGAUUUGAUCCGUUUUUGGCUUCAAAAACUCUUUGUUUGAAUGGUCUUUCGAUAAGAGGCACAAACAAUCUUUACAAUACAAAAAGUCUUUAUGGAUGGUCUGAAUCUCGUGCCACAGCAAAAGCUCAUCAAUCAGCCAUCAAGAAAAGAGGAGCUGUCAUUUCUAGAUCAACUUUUGUCUCCUCAGGCCGUUAUACAGGACAUUGGUUAGGUGACAAUGUGGCUCGAUGGGAAGAUUUGAGGACAUCAGUCAUAGGUGUAAUCGAGUUCAACUUUUUCGGGAUUCCCUACGUCGGGUCGGAUAUCUGUGGAUUUACAGGAGUAACGUGGGAAGAGCUGUGCCUACGGUGGCACCAAAUGGGCGCAUUUCACUCAUUUUCCCGUGAUCACAAUAUGCAUUACAUGCCCGCUCAAGAUCCAGCCGUGUGGCCAUCGGUGACAAAAGCGGCAAAGAUUGCGCUCACUUUUCGUUAUCGCUACUUGCCGUACCUAUAUUCACUUCAUUAUCGAGCAUCAACCAUUGGAUCGACGGUGGUGCGUCCAUUGUUCUUCGAAUUCUCCAGUGAUUCGGAGACAUUCUCGAUCGAUCGUCAAUUCUUAUGGGGUAAAGCUUUGAUGAUUGCACCUGCACUUGACCCUGGAAUCGAUUCUGUACAUGCCUAUUUCCCCGAUGACCUAUGGUACUCACUGCAAGAUGAGACUUAUGGAAAAAUCAUUCCACCGGGUUACAACGAUGUUCCAGCAAAAAAUGAUACACUGACACCAGUUUUUGCUCGAGGUGGCUACAUUCUUCCUAGACAAACUCCAUCAACAACAACGAAAGAAUCAAGAAACAAUCCAUUUGAGUUGCUCGUGACUGUUGGACAAAAUUCGAUCUCAGAAGGAGAACUCUAUUAUGAUGAUGGAGUGACACAAUUUGAUUCGAUCGAUCAGAAUCCCCAUUUCUCAUUCAAUUUCACCUACAGCUACUCGCGUACAGCAGCUUCUCUGAAUGCUCGAUGGUCAACUUCAAUUUCAAAUUACACUCUUCCCACAUUGGAUAUCAUCGAUAUUGUCGGUUAUGACUACACUCCUGAUUUCAAUUCGUUCUAUCUAAAUGGAAAGAGGAUCAACAUCAAUAUACAAACUUCUUCCUAUAGUCCUUUUACUCGUCGUCUUUUCAUUUCCACCAAAAAUCUCAUUGAUAUGAAUGCUGAAAGUACUACUCUUGCCUGGUCACAUAAAGCAGUC